AGGAGAAGCAGCACAUACCGCCACCCGAGCAACGGCUCUAAGCCACACUCGUAGCCCUCGCAUCGCAGAUUAACAUGCCUCGAUGACUCGAAUCUGGAGCUCCGUGUAUUGAUCUCGCGUGGAAACUUCCCUUAUCGCCCGGAGAGCCAAUGGGAAUGCACCUCUUUGUAUAUCUGCGUGCUGUAAUUCGUAGCCCAUGAGUCAUUUUUCCAGUCUUUGUCUCGUUCUUGAGAUAGCUAUAUAUAUAUGUCUUGAGCCUCUUCAGCAACCACGUUUCAACUCAGAGCCUCACUAGAAUACACCACAGGCAUCCAGGAUGAUCGACCUUACUUCGCACCUGUCUAAGGAGGCAAAGAGAAGGGAGCCCUCGAAGCUCAAAGCUGUGCUCAAGCAUAGAACCCCACAGAUGGCUUACCUGGCUGGUGGGCUACCUCUGCCAAAGUACUUUGCCUGGGACUCAAUCUCCGUGUCCACGAGACACGCACCGUUCGAAGGAGGUAUCGUUGGUGAGCAGACGCAGGAGAACGCACUCGACUUCACCGUUGGCUAUGGCCCGAGCGAACACGAUAUACCCCUGGGCAGCUCGUUACAGUAUGGUGCGUCCAAGGGUCCUGAACAGAUCUUAGCCUUUAUCCGUGAGCACACGGAUCUGGUCCACAGAGUGCCAUAUGAAGAUUAUGACAUCAUCACAACGGUCGGCAGUACCCAUGGCUGGGACGCAUUGUUGAGAACACUGUGUGAUCCAGGUGAUACGAUCCUUGUGGAACAGUACGUCUUUGCCAGUGCUGUGGAAACUGCCAAACCACUAGGCAUCAAGAUGUCCCCCAUUGUUAUGGAUGACUUUGGUAUUGUCCCUGAGAUCUUAGAGAAGAAGCUCUCCAAUUGGACUGGUGCGUUACCAAAAUUGAUGUAUUUGGUUCCAACUGGUCAAAACCCAACUGGUUCUUCCUUAUCAAAGGAGAGAAGACAAAGGAUCUAUGAGAUCGCAGUGGAAUAUCAAAUCAUUAUCGUUGAGGAUGAACCGUACUAUUUCCUCCAAUUGGACCCUUAUUCAGAGGAGUCAGCAGGUGCUAAGACGUUCAAGAAUGAGACUGACGAACACUUCCUCAAAUCUUUGGUCCCAUCCUUCUUGUCAAUGGACACAGAGGGUAUUGUCAUCAGACUGGACUCGUUCUCAAAGGUGCUAGCACCAGGUGUUAGAUUGGCCUGGAUAGUUGGCCAACGCCCAAUCAUUGAAAGAUUGCAAAGACAAUUCGAAGUGAGUAUCCAAACUCCCUCUGGGUUCACCAAUGCCAUCGUGUAUGGAACGCUGUCACGUUGGGGACAAUCGGGUUACCUGGAUUGGCUCAAGGCACUGAGACAUGAGUAUUCCUUCAAGAGGGAUAUGACUAUAAAGGCAUGCAACAAAUUCCUACCAAAGAGUGCCAACGUUGUUGUGCCGAUUGCAGGUAUGUUCUUUACAAUUAGAUUUGACUGCACAAGGCAUAAAGAGUUCAAGACAAAGUAUUCAGAGGAUCCACUUCAAUUGGAAAAUGCCUUGUUUGAAAGCGCAAUCAAGCACGAUUCUUGUCUUGUUCCCGGUUCCUGGUUUGAAAUGGUUGAUAUAGAUGGUAAGCAUAGUACUGAGAUCUUCUUCAGAGGAACUUACGCUGCAACAGACGUCCAGACUUUAGAGUUAGGUAUAGAAAGGUUCGCCAAAGCCGUCAAUGAGAUUUGGGUCUAAUACAUGGUAUUCAUAUUCAAUCUAUUCCC